CUUGUGCGCGUUUUCUUCUGCAUUGUGUUGUCCAACUCCACAGGUUGUUGUCACUGAAUUCUGAUCCACACCGCUCGCCGUAGUUUCACUUGUUUUUGCGGGACGCUUGAUGUCGAAGGAGGAUUUUCUGACAGACGCGUUGGGCUCCCAGACAUGACGGACAGUUUGAAGACUCGGCUGGAAUUCUCCAGUCCCGUCAUCCAAGCACAGGCGGUCCGGAGCCUCGUUGCUGCAGUGCUGAAGGAAAAAGGGUCACGCGGUCCGAUCACUCAGUCGUCCGCCCAGAGCCCGGCGUUGGAGAGCCUGUGGCAGCAGUGCUGCAGUGACUGCGCCCUGGUGCGCUCCGUCUGCUGCGACGCUGUGGUUCUGCUGGUGGACCAGGGCCAUGCGGACCUGCAGCACAUCCUCAACGGGGCCCUCAAUCUCCUGCCUUCCGCCAGAAACCUUCAGGGGCUCCUAAAGGUCAUCGGUCGACUGCUGCAGAUGCAGGCUGACCAGAGAGAAGAGGAGGCCGACUUUACCUGUCCAUACUCCAUCAGGAACAGCCCCCAUCCAUACAUCACUGCCCUGGAAAACCGCAUGGACUGCUGGCCAGCUCUGCUGUUGGAGAUUGAUGACUUUAUUCAGCAGGCUGUUGAAAGAACUAAAGCUUCGUACAUCACCAUGCUGGCUCCCUUCCUCCGUUACCUGUACUGCGAACCCCAGCAGCAACCCCAGCAUGCCUUGCUCCGACAGAGUCUCCUCAGGGUCCUGCUACCGGCACACCUCGCCGCCCGGGACCGAGACCAGGAGAAGGCCUCAGUGGUGCAUGACAGCCUGCUGUUGUGUCUGUGUCAGCUGGUUCCACACAUGCAGCUGAAUCGGGUGGAGGCGGCGCUGGAACUGAGCGCGUUUGCGGACGCCCUUCUCCAGAACCUCAUCAGGGCUUCUGGGGAGUUCUGGAGCGGCGAGAGGACCGGCCUGCUGCUGCAGCUGCUGUGUGCGUGCCAGCGGUGCCGGGAGCUGAACGCAGACUGCAGACCUCUGCUGGAUCUGGUUCUGCAGCUCCUACCGGCCUGCCAACAGGACCUCCCGCUGGACGCAGUGCUGAUGAGCGUGGCGCUGCUCCUGUUAGACGCCCCUGCACCUCAGCAGAGCCGACUGCUCAGUCUGGCUCUGAGUUUAGCCCCUGAGGAAGCCCAGCAGCCGCCCUGGCUGAGUCCGGUUCUGGUUUUCCCGGUGCUGCAGCUCCUGUCCUGUUCGGGUCUCACUGAGCCUCUGGCGGAUCUGAGGACCCACCGGUUGACCCAGGGCCUGGCUGAGCGGCUGCUCCUCAGCAUCAGCAGGCCCACAGGCGGACCGCCACAGCCGGGCCCAGGGCCGAGCCUCCCUCUCUGCUCUUGGUUCAGUGAGGUCCGUGUGGCCGUGUCCGUCCUGCACAGAGUAGCCGGCGAUCCAGCGGCGGCAGCUGACUGGCUUUGGGCGGUCAGCUCGGCCUUGUCCUGCAGUCAACAGCUGCCCUCCUCGUUCGUUCUCAUCGUGACCCACCUGGUCAUCGCGGGCGAUGAGGACAUCUGCCGGCUGGCGUUGAAGGCGUACCAAGCCAUAGCCUCUGUUGACCCCUGCCAGGUGCCGUCCCUGAUUCCAGUCCUGAUGUUCAAACUGACGAGGGAGAAGAACCCCGCCAUGGCCCUCGCUGUGCUCCAAUGCCUGCCCAACCUCGGGACUCACAAGCUGUGUGUGCCCAUGGUGCUGCAGACUCUCCAAAUGCUGGCCAGCGCCCCCAAGCUGAGGGCUGUUGUAAUGCGUCUCAUGACUGCCCUCUGGAAAAAACAGGAUCGAGUGUAUCCAGAGCUGCAGCGGCUGCUGAGUCAGCAGGACAGCAGAGUGGCGGUGGGGAAAGACGCCGAGUGGGAGCGGGUCCUGGCCAGAGCCGCCUGCCUCAGAGACGUCUGCAGAGAAAGGCCUUACCAGCAUGGGGCAGACAUGUUGGCGGGCAUUUCACUCACCCUGAAGCAGUGCAACAAAGCGGACAUGGCGACCCCCGCUGCCCUCGCCCUUCAAGGCCUGCGUGCGCUUUGCCAAGCAGAGGUGGUGGAUUUUAUCUCAACGUGGAAACAUCUUGGAGCCGAGCUUCGCUGCGAUUCCCGGCCUUUGAUGGUUGAAGCCGUGGCCGAGCUUCUGUCUCUGGUUCCACAGCUGGCGGUCAAAUCAGACGACUAUGAGAAGCUGAACGGUGAAGUGGUCAGCUUCCUCUGGAGUUAUGCUUCAAGCCAGAAUCCAGAGGUGGCCAGCUGUGGCUACAAGGCAUUGGCCGCUUUUCCUGAAGGAGUCCACACAAUUCUUCACCUUCCUGAGAAGGUCAGGCCGGCCGUCAAGAUCCUUGAAAAUGAGGAAGACAAUGACGGAAAUACCGAGGAGGAGGAAGAGGAGAAGGAUCUCUCCAUCCCAGGGUCAUCCUACAUGAAACUGAUGGCUCUGACCUCCCUCUCCGUUUUACCAGCUUUGGAGCUUUUCUUGACAUCACUGGUGAGACAGGAGGCGACUCAGAUGCCGCGGGGAGUGUACUUCUCUGCCCUGAGGGGGGGCGGUCUGCGGUCGGACCAGGGGAAAACGGUGGCGGGGAUCCCGUCCUUCAUGCUGAAGACCUACGAGAAGAACAAGCAGCCCGGACUCAAGCCUGGCCUGGCAGCCGGACUGCUGCUGUGCUACGAGCUUCCCGUGCAGACGGACCGUGAAGGAAAGCCCAUGGAUCGCUUCCUCGUCAGCCGCGGCCGCAGCUACCAGCAGACCCUCACCGCCCUCAUCCAUGAGGUGAACAUCCAGCCCUCAGAGUGGCACAGGGCUCUUCUCCUGCCGCAGGCCUGGAGGGGCUUCAUGAGCCGGACCUUCCACGCCGUCCUUCAGGGCAGACGGGCUGAUCUGGAAAUGCAGCAGAAACGGGGAAAGGAGGAUCCGGAGGAGCUGCAGUACAGUCAGCACUGCGCCUGGCUCUGGACCAGAGAUCAGCUGUCAGAAGUCAUCAAAACAGCCACUAAGGACAGUCCUGUCGUUCAGGGAAACUCCAUCCUGGCUCUGAGCAGCUUGGCCGCUGUCAUCGCCAAGUAUGAGAGCAACCUGCCCACCGACGGCAGCGGCAGCGUCGGGGCUGGACCGGAGUUCGUGCCCACCGCCAGCUGGUUGAUGAUGGUGCUGGACACUCUGCUCAGCAUCAUCAGCAGCAGCUACAAGGCCAGAGGUCAAGUCUUCCCCUGGUUCUUGCACCGCUCCUAUUCAGGUGAAAACACCGCGAGUGCCAUCGCCCGCUCCUGUGCCAGCCUGGCCCUCUCUCUGUUGGUCCCGGUUCUGGUGGUGUGGCAGAAAGACGGGCUGGUCCAGGUCCUGUCUGCCCUUCAGGCUGGCCUGCCUGGUUCUCCGGCUGCAGACGACUCUCAGGCUGUUCAGUUCCACUCCGGGCUGGCGCUCGGCAUGGUUCUGUCCAGCCUGCACCACCAGCGCCUCAGUGACGUCUCCACUCAGAAGGACAAAGAGCUCCUCCUGAAGUCUCUAGAAGCUCUUGAAAGCUGCUCCUUCAACCCUGACCUGGAAUACAACACUGGCUGCUUGUUGGGCCUGGCUCUGGUACUGUCAGCUAUGUGCAGCGAAGGACAGACUGAGCAACGGGCCUACGUCUGCCGGACUCUGGACAGACUGCUGGAGAACCUGCAGAACAGCGGAGGCCAAGGACGCAUGCUGCAGGAGGUCCUGGCAUACUCUGUGGCCUGUGUGAGCGUCUCCUCCUUCUGCGGAGGUCUGACCGAUGCUUCCAAGGCCGAGGAGGCCAUGAAAACGCUGCAAGCCCUCACGGAGGAGAGCCAGCAGACCCCGGGCUUCUCCCUCGCCCUCGGGCUGGUCGUCCACGGCCUGGCGUUGUCUGGCCACGGCAAAGCGGAGGACAUCUUCCCUCGUCUGCUGGCUGCUUGGAUCAAGAUUUUGCUGGCAGAGGGGUGUCCCACCAUGCAGCGACUGGCUGCAGCCAACGGCCUGGUGGCUUUGGUGGGGUCAGAGAGUUACCUCAUUCAGCUGAAGAGCGAGCUGGAGCUGUCCUCCCAGCAGCAGAGCCGACUCAACGAGGUCAUCCGUGCCUUCACCCAGAUCGUCAGCUGCUCUGGAGCCAUCGGCCUGCAGUCCAACAGCGCCUGCCUGCUGGGACACCUGCAUUUAGCCCACCUGUCCAGCAGCCACAGCCACACUGCAGUCCCUCAGGAUUUCAGUUACCUCUCAGAGAAGAGCCUCAUCAGAUCCAUCACAGACUUCCUGGUUGAAGCUGGAAAGAAAGGUCCAGAGGAGGCCCCCCCUGUUCUGGUUAGGACGGCUCUGACCCCCCUGGCUCUGGCUGGAGGCAGUUUCCAGUUUCCUCCCGUUAACUGGAGUGCGGUCUUGUCCCCUCUGAUGCGGCUGAGCUUCGGAGAGGAGGUGCAGCACCAGUGUGUGGUUCUGGCAGCAACUCAGGCCCAGUCCUCCCAAAGCGCCUCUCUGUUCCUGGGCUCCUGGUUAUCGCCGCCCCUCGUGCACAGUCUCAGCUACCGGACUCGAGCCCACCUCUAUGAGACUCUGGGCGCGUGGAUGAAGCACGUCGCUGAGGACAAGCUCCAGGUCUUCGUGGAGACUCUGGGCCUCCAGCAGUUCCAGGACGACCUUCGACCCCGCCGGCUGUCCCUGUGCUCGUCUCUGCUGCGGGGCCUGGCUUCGGCCAUGGCGCUCCCCAACCCCAGGAGCGCCGGCUGGACCCUGCUUUGCUCCGCCGCCGAGAAGAUCUUUAACCUGCUGCCUGAACAGAUCCAGGACAAAGAAGUGGAUUUGUAUGUGGGCGUGGCCAAGUGCUUGUCCGAGAUGAACGACUCGGAGAUCGACAGGAUUGCAGGAGUCUCAGAGACUCAGAUGGAGAAGACCGCCUUCAUCCUGGCGUACCUCGCCUCCCGGGGCCGCGUUCCUCUGUUGGGACUCAACGAUGUCAUCGCCGGCGUGAUUCGCGGUUGGCCGCGCCACAGAGUGGGCUGGCUCCUCCUACAGGCUUUUUACCAGUGCCGCCUCUCCCCCAGUACCAACACAGGUGUGUCGAAGCGCAUGGAGUGGCUCCAGGAGCUGAUGGGACACAUCCGGAACGUGGCCUAUGGAGCAGCGUCUGUCACCGGCGGAGACCCGAAGCUGGCCACAGACUUCCUCUUCCAGCUCUUCGCCGCUGCUGUCGUCUGCUGGGCGGACCACCGCAUGCCACUGCUGCUGGGCAUCAGGACCCAGUGGUUUCCAUGGCAACCAGAGCCCACGCCCCCACUGUUGACACACAGUCUGUACGGCGUGGACGUGCAGGCUGACCACGCCUUGCAGCAGUGCCUGCUGGGAGUCUGCUACAGCCUGCCUGUGCUGCUGGACAAAGAGCCGUGGAGCAGCCAGACGCCAAAGUUCAUAGACUGGCUUCUCAGUAUAGCAGACGGUCCUGAUCCCCGUCUGUCCGCCGCGACCAUCCGCACAGCCAAAGCUGCUCUCUUGGCUCUGAAGUCCUCCACCGAGUUCAGGAAGAAAGCCGUGUGGACUCAGGCCUACGGCUGGUAGCCCACUGCACCACGGUCCUGUGGUUACCGCGGCGACGCUUGACCUUCCUGCUGGAUGGAGACGGCUGCUGAGAAAACUGGAGUGGUUCCGGAGGAUGGCCUUCAUCCCAGCCCAACGAAGACCGUCAGUCCCGUCCUCUUCAUCGCCUCACAAGUGUCCGUUCAACGUCCCGCAGAGCGCGGCGAGCCAACAAAGAUCAAAGACUCCAUCAGUUCUCCUUCCUCCUCCUGCUCCACCUCUCCAGAUGCUGCCGUCUCUCCUUCAGGAGCUGCCACACCGCGAUGCCGGCUCCUGAAAAAGAAGAAACAGGCAGCUGCUACAAAACAGAAACACAGGGUCAGAGUUCAGGAACGUGGCGUCAUUAAUAACUAUGCUGAGCCCCCCUCCCCAAAAAAUAAAUAAAUGCACAUGUGGCAGCAUUUAGGCCUCCUCCAUGCUGCACUACAGCUAAAGGCCACUGCCUACAUUUAAUGCAUGUUGCACGGAUGUUCUCCUCUGCCUCCUUUACAGUUUUUAUUACCUUAAAACGUCUAAUUUAAACAUUGAUUUAUAGAAACAACAGUGGGUUCUGGCUGAUCUUCACGAUUAUUCAGACAAAUGGAAGUCCUGAUCCAGUGUGAAGAAGCAGUAGAUUCUGUUCUGCUGCUGUGUCCAGAAGGAAACAGGAAGACUGCAGGGAUCCUAAUGGAAACGGAAUCAGCUGCUACUACUUUGCCUUUUAGAGUUCUGGUUGGAUGUCAAAUCGACCAACCGGGCCUGUUUUUGUGUUUUCACGUCUGGUUGGACAACAGAACAUGUUUGGUUUUCUCACCGAUGGCGAGAACGGGCAGGUAGGCCAUGGAGGACAAGGGGCCGUGGAGGUCCGGGCAGUUGGAGGCCGCUGGCUCAGGGAGGGUCAGGACCUGGUAGAUCAGGGUGCCUAAAGCCGACGGGAAGAACUGAAGGUUACCGCAGAAACGCAUGGAGGAAUUCAGAACAAAGACUGGCCGGUAAACGCUGGAGAACAACAAGAACCAGAGUGAAGGAAAUGAGACGUGAAAAGAAGGGAAAACCCCAAAAUAACCUAGAAUGGUUGAUUCUUUACUGUUUCUACUUUACUCUAUUUUUUAACAUUUCUUUCUUUCCCCGUUCAUUGUCUUCAAUUAGAAAUAAUGUUUCCUGUUUUUAUUUGUCGUUCUGAUCUAUUUCCAAAUCGUUCCCAGAGUUCUCUUAUUUACGAUGAUGUGUCGUUUUCUUGGACAUAGUUUCUGCAGAGCGGCAGGAGUUCAUUAAAAAGUCACCUCUGAGGUGUGGGGUGGAGCAUCUCCGCCCCCCCCUUCCCCUCCCAUCGAUGAGAGCAGGGAGCUUACGGCUCUGCCCGGCAUAUUUCUGCACCGCCAACAGGAUCAUUCCUGAAUCAGCCUGAUGCAUGCUGGGAGUCACCUUCAUUGAUCACGGACAGGGUGUAUACAGGGAUCCAGAGGGAGUAGCGCGUCCACAGCAUGGCGAUGGGGGGCGUGGCCACGACACACAGCAGCUCGUGCGGGUACCUGUCGUCACACACAACACGCUUUCAUUUAAGGUUAUGGGGUAUUAUACGUGCUACACAUGACGGCCACGCCCACACGGCGGCUCUGAAAGGCUCAGGGCGCCGCCGCUCAAACAGCUGAUGAGCGUUUUCAUUUGUUUCUUCCAUAAAUGUUGAACAUCCGGUGAAGCCGAGGGCUGAAGAAACCCACAAUUCCUUUAUUAUGUACUAACAAACAUCAUUUAACCUUUCAAAAUAAAAGUAGUUCUUCAGCUCAAAAGCUGCUGCCGCUCCAGAAUCCAGUGAUGCUUUCAUGUAUGGAAGCAUUUCUGUAGCAUCAUUAAAAA